AUGUCGCCGUUAUGGUAUGCGCUUCGGCUCAUCCAGGCCUUUGAAGACAGAAUCAUCGAAUCCAUCCUCCGCCAGCCAGGCUUCCACCGCGCCGUCGGUCGCAUCCAUCGCGCCAUUCACGAGAAGCAGCAUGGCCGCAAUCCGCACGAGCCGCUUGCGCCCGGAGAAGCUACAGCCGAUCCAAAUCCUAGCAGCCGAGCCGACGGCUUCUUCAAGCAUUUCCUGAGCGAGCUGAAGAAUCAAGCUCGUGGGAAGCCGAGCGACAUUUCCGACAAGCCGCCGACGAAGUGA